AUUCAAAAUGUGGUGGAUCCUUCGUCGAGCCAGGAUAACUGGCGCAUCCUUCUUCAGCCAGGCGUCUGGGACUACCAACAACAAUAACCCAAAGCCAGGAACAACAGAAGCCCGGCCACAACGCAAAAACUAUAAUCAGCUGGCGUCAAAUGAAAAACUUGACAACAGGCAAAUUGAAGACAUCCAUAUAGAAGAGGCCGACAUAGACUCAGAUGCGAGCAGUACUGACUUGGAAGAGCGAGACACGCGGAACGUAUGCCCGCCCUGUGCGCAUGACCGAUACAACAACAACAUCCGGCGUCACACUCAUGACGAUUUCAGCGACGAUACAGAUUAUGAUGAAGCUCUCACGUGCAACGUGUGCGACCGCUCGUUCUCAACGCGCCGCCAGCUGAGCGACCAUCAGCAGAAAAAGAGACAUUUUGGCUGCGGCGCCUGCGACAGCCUGUUCCCCUCGCUGAUGGCGCUGGAGCACCACAAGGAGGAGUUCCAGCACUGGAGCGACUCCUCGUGCUCGCGCUCCGACAGCGACUCCAGCUCCGAGUGCCACGAGGACCGCCACCGACUACUCUAAUGCCACCACCUCAUCGUUGCCGGGGAGCGGCCCGCGCAUCUAGGCACCUUCGUGUAGACUGGUUCCAGAGCAACGCGUCCCUUGCAACAUGGGGAAUUACGACACUUCCGAUUUUAAAUUCAAUAUUUCCAACAAACCAUAGAGAAUAUCCCUUACCUAAGAGUAGGAAAUUGGUGCCAAUUCUUUAUAGUGCUGUGCAAUUUUACGAGAAAAAAUACCAUGGAUAUUUUUGGCCCUGCCAAUUUAAUUUGGAAAUUUGUAAAGGUUGUACCUACAGUAGAAUUUGCACUAAUAAUGCCAAUUCGGUUAACAGAGCAGGUCUUAAAGUAGUGCCGUCCCUUUCGUUAGUAAACAUUGUUAAAAGGACAGGACUCCUUUUGGAACUAAUUUGUUUAGUUUAAGAGAUGUGUAUUGUGUAAAACAGACACUAUUAGUGCAGUCGCCUUGUUUGGUCCCACCCACCGAUUCACUGACCUCUAUUAUUAUUGAAUAUUACAUUACUUUAUAGGAUAAUUCUCUAUGGUUUGUUGGGAAUCAUUUAAUUAUAUAUAAUUUUUUUUUAUAAAUACCUAGAUUAAGUAUCGUAACUCCCUAUAUUCUAACAAGUUCAUUUUCUGUGGACGUUCGUGAGCGUCAGUGCACGUACAGUACAUAGCUGCCAACUGACGUUCUUAGUUCUCAUGUCUCCACACAGACAGUCCGUGCGCACCAAACGCAUUGCGGUCAAUCACCGCAGUGCUCGCUCGACGCGGAUCGCGUGUGGGUACUUACAAAUUCAGACGCCACGAGAUAUAUUAAUAACACUGGCUGACCCAACUGAAAUAAUGAGACCGAAUUAUUAUACUAAACAAAACAAAAUUUUUCGCGUUCUUCGUAAUUUGUGACUUGUUCAGUUGCUUUGAUCUCGAAGCCAUUAGUUUUUCUUAUGGUUCCUCAGUUUCACUCCCACCAGAUUUACUCUCACUGCCCUCUUGACAAUUAAUUGAAGAUGUUUCUGGUGAAUACCCAGGUUUCGGCACCAUAAGUGAGCACUGGUAAGAUGCACCGAUUAAAAGGCUUUUUGUUCUGCCGAGAUAUAAAUCACCUAGAAGUAAGUCGCCCACAUGAGCUAUACUCGUCUGUGAAUUACUUUGAUUUUCCCAGCCUAUCCUAACCACUCCUUCGUCAUAAUGAAAAGACAAAUUACUACCAAAUCCCUAGGAUAUCGAAGAUAGAAUAUAUCCCAUGGCCGCUUGGUAGAAACGCUAAUUAGAAAGACAUCCAGGGGGCAUAGCAUUGAGAAAAAAGUCCAAAAAAUAUUUGAUACUCCCUCCUUACUUCCUCCUAAGCGCAAGAUGUUACGCAGUUGAAAUCCCUUGCACUAAGAAUUUUGCUUUUACGUUUCCAUUACUCACCGCUAAGAUCAGAAAUUCCUUUCCGGUUUUUGUUCUUAUUUUUAAAUAAAAUGUGAACAAUCAAGCGUGCUCAAAUCCUAGGGUGCAUCACUGAUGAUUACACAGCUUACUACCAUCCAUGUACUACGGUAAGCAGUUUAAGAUUUGAGAGCUCGCAUUCCCCGAGCAGUUUUCGUGUCUGGUCUACUGGUAAUCUUCUAGUGUAUGCCACUAAUACAUGGAGCGAAGCCAUUGAGAAACAAAUAUCUCAUCAAAUCUCAAUUUGCGCAAGCGCAUUGAGUCUAAAGCCGAAGUGGCUGCGAAAAAUCUUGGUAUCCUUAAUAAGGUUAGGUUCUCCACGCCAGGACGACGCCUCGCACUAAGGCUCAAGUACGAACAAGCAUGGAGUACUGUAGUCACCUGUGGGAUAGAUGGAUCUGCCAAGAACCAGCUCUAAACUUAAGAUUCGGUGGGUCAGCGUCGGUUUGUCACCUAUAAAGUCUACAGCACCGACGCAUUGUUGCCUGUUUAUCGGUUUUUUACCCGAUAUACUUCGGUGAGUGUGCUCAGGAACUUCACAAUCUCCGUCCCCGUUUUAGUCAUCCCCGUCAUCGCCGUAGCCGUCCUCCAUCAUCCCCGUGAACCACUUCUGUUUAAAUAAACAGUGGCAUUUCUUUAAUAGUUAUAUUCAAAUCCCACAUUCAUUGUAUUGAAAUCCCUGUCAUCGUUAACAUUAAUAAAGGGGGUGAUUGAUCUUAUUUUAUAAUUGAAUUUAAAUCUCUCCGUCCCCGUUAACGAGGAUAGAUAAAGGGGGUGAUAGAACUUUUUAUUUAAUAAUUUUAUUCAAAUCCCUCCGUCCCCGUUUACGCGGAUAAAAGGGGUGAUUGAUCGUCUUAUUUAAUAAUUUUAUUGCAAUCUCUCUGUGCCCGUAAACGCGGAUAGAUAAAGGGGGCGAUGAACCGUCUUAGUUCAUAAUUUUAUUCAAAUCCCUCCGUCCCAGUUAACGAGGAUAGAUAAAGGGGGUGAUUGAACUAUUAAUUUAAUAAUUUUAUUUAAGUCCCACUGGCAUUCUUAAAGAUCCUUUAACGGGGCAACGGGACUAUUUUUCAAUAUUUAUAUUCAAAUUCCACCUUAUCCGUUAAAAACGACGCGGUUAACGGGGACGCUGGGACUUCAUCGUUUCUGCUAAGGUCUCCCGUUUUUUGAAAGUGAUCUGCACAAUAAUUUACAACUUAUUUGAUCUGAUUUAUGAUCUUAUUUGGUCUGCCAGCUCAUGUAUAAUUUAGAAAUGGUUUUUAAUGUCAAAUAUUUAUGAAAGAGUUUUUCUGAAAAUAAGAUU